CGUAGCAUGCGCUGUGUCCGCGCCGUGUCCGCGCGCUGAGCCUGACUGCUGUCUGACUGCUUGCCCCGGCUUGUGUCUUGCCGCUCACUGUGUGCACUGUCUGUUGUCUGCGCUGUCUGUCUGCACUGUCUGCCUGCACUGUCUGUCUGCACUGUCUGCACUGUCUGCACUGUCUCGCACGCCCUGCACCGCCUGAUCCGUCUGCCUGCCUGCCUACACGCCCACCCGCUCGCGCCUCCUGGCCAUCCUCGCACCUCGACCUCGCACCUCGACCUCGCACUCGCACCAUCCUCCGCCCCACGCCGCCGCCCGUCCUCCUGCUGCUUGCCAUGUGCUGCGCUGAGACGACGUGAGCCCCGCGACAAUGCGGCUUCGCCCCGGCCGCAGCGAGCACGAACUGCUCAAACGCCGAUCGACGCUCGACCCAGCGGGCCUGUUUCGCCGCAGCGAGAAGGCCGACAGCGACAGCUCCGAGCUGGCCCCCGCGCGCGGCGCCGUUUCUGCAGACGGCGGUCGCCCCGAUCCGAGCCAUGUGCGCCCGUCCGUCUCGCGCGACUCCCACGACAUUGCAGCGUCGCCAAAAGCGCCCGCCUCGCGCCGCUUUUCGAUGCUGCGCUUCCGCCAUGCCUCCGACUCGCAGCUGUCGACCACCGCCAAGGAGCACGCCGACCGCGAUGCGCCGCCUGUCCCGUCCGUGCCCGCCAGCGCCGGCGAGUGCAACGAGCCCCAGCGCCCGCCAUCAUCACCACCCCCGCCGACCUUCAUGGACCCAUUGCCUGUCGCCGACCCCGACCCCGAGCCGCCGCGCCGCCGCCGCCUGCAGGCCUUCACCCUGCGCCGCCGCAGCUUCGAUCCCGCGACCGUCGACCGCCCGGGCGGCCUGCUGCGCAAGUCCAUGGACCGCAAGCGCAAGCAGAGCAAGCUCGACCUGCGCGGGGACGCCGACGUCGCCCGCGCCUCCACCAGCCACGACCAGUCCGAGGCCCGCGACUUCGCCGACAGCGCCGCCCUGGCCCCGCCCUCGCACCGCGCCUCCGAGUCGUCGCGCUCUGACGGCUCCUCGGGCGGCCAUGUCUCGUUCGAGACCAACACGCGCCCGGCCCCGCAGCGCAUCGCGUCGACGCGCUUCGCCUUUGGCCGCCGCAAGCAGCGCGCCUCGCUGUUCCCGCUGCCCAUGAAGAUCGAGCCGCCGCAGUUCCCAGACACGGCCCCCGCAACCCCGCGCCCCUCCACCGGCUGCGCCAGCUCGCCUACUGCCAGCCCGCCCCUGACUGCUCGCCGCUACACCGCCGACGAUGGCGCCCACACCUCGCCGCUGCUCUCGUCCUCGCAGGUCGCCCUGGCCGCGAACUCGCUGGGCCUCGCCUCGCCCACCCGCGGCUCGCUCUACCGCAACGACUCGUCGCGCUCUGCCCACUCUGCCCGCUCCUCGCCGCAGCCCCUGAAGCGCAUCGGCCUGCGCGGCCGCUCGUCGACCAUGGGCUCGCUGGGUGGCAUGUCCGACGACAACCCCACCCAGACCCCGCCCAACGGCCUCAGCGGCCGCACCUCGACCUCGACGACUGCUGGCCGCAGCAGCUUCAGCAAUCUGUUCAGUCUGGGAAGAUUCCGUCAGAACGAUCUGCACCCGUCGAGACAUGGCUCCCCCGCUCACAACUACGCAGGCACCUCCGCCUCGUCGCACCAGAACUCGCUCAGCAUCAGCAGGGAGACGCUGGUCAUGCCCGAGCGCGUCGAAGGCGAGACCCCCGGCCGCUAUCUCGAGCGCAUUGAAGCCAACAACGUCGACAAGAGCGUCAUCGCCAGCUUUCUGAGCAAGACCGAAGACGCCUUCCUGCUGUCCGUGCUGCGGAGCUACAUGCGCAGGUUUGCCUUCUUCGGCGAUCCCAUCGACAUGGCCAUCCGCAAGCUGCUCAUGCAGAUCGAGCUGCCCAAGGAAACCCAGCAGAUCGACCGAGUCUUGCAGGGCUUUGCCGACCGCUACCACGAGUGCAACCCCGGCAUCUACCUCAACACUGCUGCAGACAAAGCAUACUUCAUCUCCUUCUCCAUCAUCAUUCUGCACACCGACUUCUUCAACAAGAACAACAAGCGCAAGAUGCAACGGCCGGACUACAUCAAGAACUCGUCGUGCGAGGGCGUGUCGGAUGACGUUCUCGGCUGCAUCUACGACAACAUUGUCUACACGCCGUUUAUCCACAUUGAAGACGAGGUCGAUUUAAAAAACAUCUCGUCCAAGAAGAGUCGGAGAACAGCCGUGCUCAAGGGCCCGAACGACCCUGCACGGAAAGCAAAGAGGGAGCCCAUCGAUCCCUACACGCUGAUCUUUGAGGGAAAGCUGGACGUCCUCCGGCCUACCAUCAAGGACGUUAUGAAUUUGGAUGACCCAUACAACUACCUUGGAACCGCCGCCACGCUUGACACCAAGAACCUCUACAAAUCGUUCACUAGAUACGGCGUCAUCCAGAUUGUCUCGUCACGCUCCCGACCGGAAGCCUUUAUGUCGGAAGCCGCCCAGGAGAACCCAUUCGGGACGUCGGUCGGUAUUGUUGAGAUGCCUGUGACCAAGGUCGGCAUCCUGUGGAGAAAAGACCCGAAGCGCAAGAAGGCACGCUCCCCGUGGCAGGAGUGGGGGGCUGUCCUCACACGAUCCGGCCUCUCGCUGUUCCGUAACAGCAGUUGGGCCAAGAACCUCAUGACGCAGCACGAGCAGCACGUGAAGCAUGGCGAGACCGGGCCUGCGGUCUUCUCGCCCGCUCUUUCCGAGUUCAAGCAGGACCAUAUGAUACCCAUGGACGGAGCGGUUGCUUUGGUCGACAACACCUACAAGAGACACAAGAACGCCUUCUCCAUGUGCUCCAAGAUCGGAGAAGAGACAUUCCUGGCCGACAGCGAGCAGGACCUGAACGACUGGCUGGGCGUUCUCAACUACACCGCAGCCUUUGAAACGAUGGGCGUCCGCUCAAGGGGCAUGAUCGGCGGGCUAUACGAAGGCCAGAAGAACCGCGGAAUCAGACGUCUGGAUUCGUCUCAGUCUGGGAAAUCCAUGCCCUCGGCGACCGGGGAGGUGGUUGUUCAGAGCGGCAAGAUCGACCACCAGUUCGCGCAGGAGGUGGUAACUGCAAGGAGAGAAACCAUGCAGGCUCGCAUCUCAGACGCCGAGGACAAGCUUGCGGAUGCGAUCAAGGAGCUCGAGGCACGCUUACGUGAUGCCAGGCAUUUGCAGAUCCUGGCGCCAAUCCAGCCAAAGACGCGCGAGCUUGUCAUCCACGCAGCUGGACGUCUGUCGGCGAGGCUGAAGUGGUCGCGCGUCGAGAUCUGGCGUAUGAAGUGCCACCGCGACAUCCUCGCACACGAGCUGGACGACGAGAAACAGAGUGCGACAGAAACACAAGCGCGGAAUGACAAGAUCGCCGAGUCUUCGCAACCGCCACCGCCCGUCUCCAACGGCAAGGCGUCCAAGAUCGCUGGCCUUGCGCGUCUCGCUUCCAAAACAAGCUCCCUGACGAGCAGCCACAGGCCGCCACACUCUCCAGAGGGGUCCACCGCGCGUCCGACCACAAAGUCUUCUGCCAACACUGAGAUGGACGAGGCUGUGUUCAAGACGCCUCCUGAGACGUCUCGCCAGACAAGCCCUACGUUUCCCUCAGGCUCCUACAGUGUGCCACCGAUCUCGUUCAGUCCGCCUGCCUCCGAUCGCCGCAGCUCCAUGGCGAGCAGCUCCAUGCAGUCUCCGAAGAUGUACCCAGCUGACAAGCGGCCGUCGGUAUCUACCUUUGAUGAUGGCACGAUUGGUUCUGAUGAUGAGUCUGAUGACGAUGUUAGAUAUGCUACACCGCCCCUGAUCGAAUCGGAUGCAGUACACCCGAAGACGGCAGAACCCACAGACGGUGCUGCCGAGUCGGACGCUGAGCUCAGUCUUGCAGCGCAUGCUGGCUCUCCUGCAUCGCGCACAAAGCAUAGACGCAGCUUGCACCGCACACUUCGAGACUCACACGGCGGCACGUCGCACCGCCGCAGUCACAAGGGCCGCGACUCAGCUUCGACCAUCACCAGCGAAGGAGCGUCGGAGAGCGAAGGCCUGAACCGGAGCAAGGGCAGCUUCACCGUGCACGGCAAGAAGGCAUCUGUGAUCCAGUUCGGGCCUGAUUGGCACAAUUCAACCGCCGAAGAAAGGCUAAAGGCCAAGAAGCAGCUCCAGGAAGCCCAGGAGCUGGCCUCCGCCGACGAGCGAGACGGCAGCGUCAGCGACGGCACUGUCGUCAGCCCGGUAGAAAGACCAGACGACGCACCGCGCCGCAAACUGUCGUCCGGCCAGGUCAAGCAACGGCACGUCUCCGCCCAGACCAUCACCCCCGACAACUUCCACCAGUCGCUGGAAUACCAGGACGCCUCGGACGGCGACUCUGAGCUGAGCGACGUCGCCGAGGAGCGGACAAGCAAAGACGGCGAGGAGCGAACGAGCAAGGACGGCGAGCCGCUCGACGCCUCGCCCCUCGACACCUCGCACCUCGACACCACGCCCGAAAUCGCAGCAAUCCCAACCGCAGACCCAGCACCGCCGCCCGACCCCACCAAGCUCGCCGCCGAACACACCGAGAGCCUCGCCCCCAGCCCCGACCCCGAACAAGUCAAGGCCACAUAA